AUGGUCGCGAAGCGGGCUUAUGAUGGCCCCUUCAACCGGCCCAUCUCGGCACCUCCGGCGCCUGAGGGCGAACAGCAGGCAGACUUGACCGGCGACUUUCGCGGCGGCCUCGGCGCGCCAGCCAAGUACAAGGAUUCCUUCCCAGGAACCCUGGCGUUUGUGCACCAGGGCGGGUAUCAAACCGUCUGGCAAGCAUCAGACGAGCCCUGA